AUGUCUUGGGUUAAUCAGGGCAUGCAAGCACUGAUACCAGUGAUCAAUAGAGUGCAAGUGAGUUUUUUGGCUUCGUUUCCAAUGGAAUUAUGUUAUUGGCAUUUCAACACGACCUGUUAAUCUUUUUUCUUGAAAAAUGAAACCAGUUUUCAAUAUUCUGCUCAGUUACUACAUAUUUUUCAACUUUUGAAGUUAUUUUUGUAUUUUUUUAACAAUCGACCCCCAUAAGACAAAUUUAUUUUUUCAGGAUGCUUUUUCGCAACUUGGGACCAGUGUGAGUUUUGAACUUCCGCAAAUUGCUGUUGUAGGAGGGCAGUCUGCCGGAAAAUCGUCCGUACUCGAGAAUUUUGUGGGAAGGUAUUUUUUUUUUCUUUUCCGCAAUGAAUUAAGUUCUUUUUAUUAAAGAGAUUUUCUACCUCGAGGAGCUGGAAUCGUUACUCGUCGGCCGCUAAUCCUUCAACUUAUUCAAGACAGAAGCGGUACCAAUAUCAUACUUGAUGACUUCAACAAGCGUAUUUAAUUUUAGAAUACGCUGAAUUUUUGCACAAGAAAGGACACAAAUUCACAGAUUUUGAUGCUGUUAGAAAAGAAAUCGAAGACGAAACGGACCGAGUGACUGGCCAGAAUAAAGGAAUCAGUCCAGUGCCAAUUAAUCUCCGAGUCUUCUCUCCAAAUGGUUUUCUUUGAAGAUAUUCUCGAAAGAAUUCAUUAUGUUUUUUUUUCAGUUUUGAACUUGACUUUGAUCGAUUUGCCCGGUCUGACGAAAGUUCCCGUCGGCGACCAGCCAGCAGACAUUGAGCACCAGAUUCGUGAAAUGAUUUUGACUUUCAUUGGUCGGGAAACUUGCCUCAUUCUUGCUGUAACGCCUGCAAACAGUGAUCUCGCCACUUCUGACGCUUUGAAGCUUGCCAAGGUAUAAAAUAUCAUUAUUUUUUGUAGAGAUGGUGUAUUGCAGGAAGUUGAUCCUCAAGGUCUACGAACGAUCGGAGUUUUAACCAAGCUCGACCUGAUGGACGAAGGAACCGAUGCUCGGGAAAUCCUUGAAAAUAAACUGUUCACUUUGCGCAGAGGUAGCUGAAAAAGUAGAAAAAUAAGACAACAAUAAUCUAUUUUUACAGGUUACGUCGGCGUUGUCAACCGUGGCCAGAAGGACAUCGUUGGUCGCAAAGACAUCCGUGCGGCUUUGGAUGCUGAAAGGAAGUUUUUCCUCUCUCAUCCAGCCUACAGACACAUGGCGGACCGUUUGGGAACCUCGUACCUACAACACACCCUGAACCAGCAACUCACAAACCAUAUUCGGUUUCUCUGAAAUGGUCAUCACAACAAUGAAUUGAUUCCUACAGGGACACCUUGCCGACGCUACGCGACAGUCUUCAGAAGAAAAUGUUCGCUCUCGAGAAAGAUGUCGCAGAGUACAAAAACUAUCAGCCGAAUGAUCCCGGUCGCAAAACGAAAGCUCUUCUCGAGUAAUUUCAUCCCAGCUCAAAAAUUGGAAAAAAUGAUAUUCUUGCAGAAUGGUGCAGCAAUUUAACGCUGAUAUCGAGCGUUCAAUUGAAGGAUCAUCCGCAAAAUUGGUGUCGACCGAAGAACUCAGUGGUGGCGCUCGCAUCAACAGGUUUGGUGGAAAUUCGAUCCUGUAACUGUAUACUUUCAGACUGUUCCACGAACGUUUUCCUUUUGAAAUUGUCAAAAUGGAAAUUGACGAAAAAGAAAUGAGAAGGGAAAUUCAGUUUGCUAUUCGAAACAUCCACGGUAUCAGGUACAGAAAUAUUCGAAAGUUUUAAACAAUUAAACUACGAAAUUAAAGGGUUGGCUUGUUCACUCCAGAUAUGGCUUUCGAGGCGAUUGCAAAGAAACAAAUCGCGAAACUGAAAGAACCUUCGCUCAAAUGCGUUGACCUUGUUGUCAAUGAGCUAGCCAACGUUAUUCGUCAGUGCGCCGAGGCUGUAAGACAGCUUUUUCUUGGUAGAAUCAAUGGCGCCAAACACUGCAGAUGGCCAGAUACCCACGUCUUCGGGAUGAGCUGGAGCGCAUUGUUGUUUCGUACAUGCGAGAGCGGGAGCAGGUCUCCAAGCAACAAAUCGCUCUGAUCGUCGACUAUGAGCUAGCCUACAUGAACACCAAUCACGAAGAUUUCAUUGGCUUCAGCAAGUGAGCUCUUCAAUAAAAUCAGAACCGAUUUUCACCAAAAUGAUUAUUUCAGCGCGGAAGCCAAAGCUAACCAAGGUCAAACCGCCAAGAAAAACCUUGGAAAUCAGUGCAUUCGCAAAGGUUGGCUAUCAGUGAGCAAUAUCUCGUUUGUUCGGGGCUCCAAGGACUGUUGGUUUGUGCUCAUGUCUGACAGCCUUAGCUGGUACAAGGAUGAUGAGGUUUGAAACCAAGAAAUAUUUAUGAGAACAAAAAAUAAUUGAAUUUCAGGAAAAAGAGAAAAAGUACAUGUUGCCCCUAGAUGGCAUCAAGUUGCGCGAUAUCGAGAGCGGAUUUAUGUCGCGGCAGCAUAAAUUUGCCUUGUUUUACCCAGAUGGAAAGUGAGUUACAGUUUGAACUUCGUAUAAAUCGAAAAUUAAAUCUCAAAAAAUUUUAUGUUGUGCUAAGCAAUUUGUUCACUUCAAUAUUUACCUCUAAAAUUCACGCUUUCUGAUUUUCCUUUUGCUUCCGGUUUGCACGUGCAAGAACUGUACCAAAUAGGUGAUCAGACCGGUAGCCGUGAUGUCUUUCAAAUCGAAUACUGCUUAACUUUUUUUUCAGGAAGUUGGUAGUUUUAUAAGAAUAUGCUGUUGCCUAUGUAAGCGUAACGCGUGAUUGUUUCGUUUAUUUUUGUACUGGUGGGGUUGUGUCGUGCCUAGAAACCUUUGCAGUUUGCAAAAUAUCUAAAUUAGUUCACAGUGCCAGCUUGAAUUUCAAAAUUGUAAGCGUUUCAGAACUUAGCAGGAAAACUAGGAAUAGAAUAAAAAAAAUCUUUCUCUCUCUGGUUAACUUCAUUUUUUUUUCUUGCAAACGCAUGAUUUUUCAAAGAUGCGUAGACUAUCCUCGCAUGAACUGAUAGAUGUUCUGAACCGAUACAUUUAUGUAACUGAUCAAGUUUAUUUCAGGAACAUCUACAAGGAUUACAAGCAGCUUGAAGUCGGUUGCAACAAUUUGGAUGAGCUUGAUGCCUGGAAAGCGUCAUUCUUGCGCGCCGGUGUCUAUCCCGAGAAACAAAAAGCUCCUGAUGAUGACGUCAGUACAAGACAUGAAACUUUUCAAAAAAAUGCUGUUUUAGGAACGACCAGAGGCUGAUGAAAGCUCAAUGGAUCCCCAACUGGAGCGUCAGGUUUGCUCUUGAAGUUUUUUUUUUCGAAUAAUCCUGAAAGUUUUAGGUGGAGACCAUUCGCAACUUGGUUGACUCGUACAUGAAAAUUGUCACCAAAUCGAUCAAAGAUCUCGUCCCGAAGGCCGUCAUGCAUCUGAUCGUCAACCAAGUCAGUUCAAUUCAUCAAAAAGAAAAACAACAAACUUUUGCAAAUCAUUGAAAAUAACAUAACUACAAACUCAAAACUGAAUACAUUCCAAUCAUACCAGAAAAAACUACAAUUCGGUGAAAAAUCAGCUGGAAAAGUUCUUUUUCUUUCCAAAAAGAUUUAUCAGUUAUUCAAAAAAAUAGAAUGUUAAAAAUCAAAACAUAUAGGGGUAAAAUAUGAGAAAAAUGGUGGUUCUAGUUGGGACCUACUUUCUUUAUUACAUGAAACGGGUUUUUUUUAGGUUUCUGAGUUCUUGCGCAAAGAACUUUUGGCUCAUCUUUAUCAAUGCGGCGACACGGUAUCUUUAACCAAAAAUUCAACGAAAACAGAGAUUUGUAGGACGCUCUGAUGGAAGAGUCGGCUUUGGAAGCUCAGAAGCGAGAGGAAAUGCUCAGGAUGUACCAUGCCUGUAAAGAAGCUCUCCGGAUCAUCAGCGAGGUCAACAUGAGCACGUUGGGCGAAGGAGCUCCUCCACCACUACCACCGUCUGACUAUCGGUUUUUGUCAGUAUCAGUGAUAGACAAUAAGGAACCGUUUCAGUCCGAUGCCUUCUGGACCUUCACCGGUGCCUCGUCCUGCUCCAGCGCCUCCAGGAGCUCGUUCUGCGCCGAUGCCACCUCGUCCUGGUCCGGGUGGACCUCCUCCGCCGGGCAUGCGCGGUCCUCCAGCCCCUCCUGCCGGCGGCAUGUACCCUCCCCUCGUCCCAUCGUAAAUUUUCUCUUCUUCCUCAAACUGUCACGCACAAAAUGUUUUUGGUUCGAUAAGUUACUCGUGGAAGCAAAUAAGCCAUUUUACAGUGUUUAUCCGUAAUGUCUUGACACUAGCUAAAUUAAAAAAUAAUCAGUUACAGUAUGUGAAAAAGCCUCUUGUUUGAAUAUUUCCUUUAAACAAAGUUAUAUUUGCUACAUAAUAGUUUGAGACAAAACUGAUCAGAUGUAAACUGAUUUCAUAUGGACGUAUUUUGAACAGUUUUCAAAACAAUCAACCCUUCUCGUUUGCUUCCACGUAGUUGAAUUUCGUAAAAACUUCUACCCUGUUUUCCUCUUUUUACCUAAAGUAUCAUAGGCGACCAGGCCCUGGUGGCCCUCCGCCAAUUGGUCCUCCGAGAUAAUGGGCCGGUAAGUAUACAUCGUGAUUGUACUUCUGCGCUGAUUGUAUGUGUUGUCAAUCGUCCUCUUCUAAUCUCUGCAAUUCACUGAAUGAGCACUAAAACACAGAGUUUAGCAAAAAAAAAUUCCGUGUUUUUAACUCAGAAAAAAAUGAAGACAUUUUAGAUAGUGAUUUUAAAACAUCCAUUAUUUGCGCUAAGCCCCUGUCCUCUUUUUAGUCUAUUAAAGUGUUUUAAAAAAAAAGAAACCAAAUACUUUAAGUUUAUUAGCAUGAACCUGUUUGAAUUCUGGCAACGGAUUCUAUUCUAUGCUCAUGACUUCAAAGUUUUAUAGGGCUUUGAUAAAAUGUUAUUUCUGUUUGUUGGCUCUGAGCCUUGAAAAAAAAGAGAACGAAACAAAAUGAAAUGUUUCAGACGAGCCCCAACUCCCAACAGUCACGCGACUCCAUACGUUCCAGCUCGUCCUCAAGUUCCAGCUCGUCCCUUCUGA